CGGGCGGGGGCGAGAAGAUGGCGGACGGGGACAGCGGCAGCGAGCGCGGCGGCGGCUUCGGCGGCCCGCGCGGGCCGGGCCCCGAGCAGGAGACGCAGGAGCUGGCCUCCAAGCGCCUGGACAUCCAGAACAAGCGCUUCUACCUGGACGUGAAGCAGAACGCCAAGGGCCGCUUCCUCAAGAUCGCCGAGGUGGGCGCGGGCGGCUCCAAGAGCCGCCUCACGCUCUCCAUGGCCGUGGCCGCCGAGUUCCGCGACUACCUGGGCGACUUCAUCGAGCACUACGCGCAGCUGGGGCCCAGCAGCCCCGAGCAGCUGGCGGCGGCCGGGCCGGGCGAGGAGGCCGGGCCGCGCCGCGCGCUGAAGAGCGAGUUCCUGGUGCGCGAGAACCGCAAGUAUUACCUGGACCUCAAGGAGAACCAGCGCGGCCGCUUCCUGCGCAUCCGCCAGACCAUCAACCGCGGCCCGGGCCCGGGCUUCCCCGGCGGCCCGCCCGGCCUGCAGAGCGGCCAGACCAUCGCGCUGCCGGCCCAGGGCCUCAUCGAGUUCCGCGACGCGCUGGCCAAGCUCAUCGACGACUACGGCGGCGACGAGGAGGAGCCGGGCGGCCCGGGCGGCGGCGGCGCGGGCGGGCUGGGCGGGGAGCUGCCCGAGGGCACGUCCAUCACCGUGGACUCCAAGCGCUUCUUCUUCGACGUGGGCUGCAACAAGUACGGCGUGUUCCUGCGCGUGAGCGAGGUGAAGCCCUCCUACCGCAACGCCAUCACCGUGCCCUGCAAGGCCUGGGCCCAGUUCGGCGGCGCCUUCUGCCGCUACGCCGACGAGAUGCGCGACAUCCAGGAGCGCCAGCGGGACAAGCUCUACGAGCGCCGCGCCGGGCCGGCCGGGCCGGGCAGCGGCAGCGGGGCCGGCGACGACUCCGACGGGGACGACGUGGACGACGAUUGAGCGGCGCCCCCCCCCCCCCCCCCGGCCGGGGAGCCGCCGCCGCCGCCCGCCCCAGCCCCGGCCGAGAGAGAAUCCAGCUUCACCGCAGACACCGCCCCGGCUCUCCCCCCCCCCCCGCCCCGUCCCAGCCCCUUUCGAGAUCGUGCCCCCCCCCCCCCGGCCCCGCCAUGGAAACCAGCAUCCCGGCGGCCGCUUGAAGAGAAGGGAGAGGCCGCCGCAGCCAUCCAGAUCCGAGGGUGCAGGUCGCGAUGGGGAAGGAGGUGGCCGCGGCUAGCCGGGGCGGGAGGGGAAUCCCGGCAGCUUCGGGCCUAGUGUUGGGACGAGCCUGUUUCCGGACCCACGUCCGCUCUGUCCUUUCCUUUGCAGACUUGUUUUCUGGGAUGCAAACUGCUCCGCUCCGGGCGCCGCUGGAACCGUCCGCCAGCGAGUUCCGGCUGGCAGGGCUCUGAAGAUGAGGGGACACUUCUUCUUGUUUCGAUUUUUUGUUUUUGUUUGUUUUGUUUUGUUUUUUUUAUUUUAAACACGGGGUUGCGAAGAGGUAGGUUCAAGGAAGAACAGGCAUAAAGCACAAGGAAAGCUGAGUGGAUUGGUUGCUGCUCACUGAAGUUCUUCCCCUUCUCUCCAAGUAAGGUGGUCUUGGAAAGAAACGGCCUUAGCCGCAGGGAGAAGCUAGAGCCAAAUCUCUCCUGGCUCCAGUGGGUUGGCCCAGCGAAUAAAUGGAAUCCAGCAUGAGAGCUGGGGUUUUAAAUCUUUAAACCGUAACUUGGUUGAGAACAGCAACCUGUGGCUACAAGUCUAGUCUGUGAAAGAAUGACUGGCACAACGUGAGACAUGAGCAAACUGAAGGCUUCAUUCAUCUUCGGUAGAAAUCAGUGGACAUGUUCGACUAUGAAUCUAAACACCAAGAACCUCAGGUCCAGAAGUCCAUCACUUGUUCUUUUACAAGAAUUUUUAAAAAGAGAACUCAAUCUGUUUCCUCAGUACCUCACAUUGUGUAACAGCAGAGUUGGCAAAAAUGCACGGAUGGAUUGUUCAGAGCAAGCACGCAACCUGUGGGAGCUUCACAUCCAUCGCUGAAAAGGAGCAGAAACAAAAUGAAUAAGCUCUGUGACUAUAAAUAUACCCUAGCAGCAUUUUUUACCACCUUGAAAUUUCACCAUAGACUGGCUACUGCCAAUUCGUCCAGCUGUCGUUCCAGAAUUAAGUUGGGGCUCUUUCCAGGGAGCACCACUUCUGUAUUUUAAAUGGAUUUUCACUCUCUCAAAUGAUUUGAUAUUUUUUUUAAGCUAAUCGAGUCAACCCUACCCCUCCAGAAAGGUAUUUCUAGACACCUAGUCGUAUACUAGUAACUUUGAACUGAAUGGAGCGUGUGCUGUUCAUUCCAAAGUUUCAGGUAUUACUUGGGUGACAUCGUAGAAUCUUUCAUAUUUUUUUUUUAAACUGUGCAUGCCUGUCUUUUAUUUGAGCUGCCUUUUUAAUUUAUUGCAUACCCUUAUUACCUUAUUUUGUUAUUACUCUACCUAUACUAUCUUUAUUUUGUAUUUAUUGGAAAAUAAGGAACAUACAAAAGGCAUUUUUUUUUCACGCAGUUGUGGCUGGGGGGGAGAUUGGGUAGGAUUUAAAAAAAAAAGCUUUUGAGAUCAGUUAUCAGAACAUUAACCACAAGUUUGUUUCAGCCACAGACCUGUAUUGUUGCCCUUUUUAAAACACAUUCUUUCCUCCCGUUGUCCAUGGUAGGUCUUUUUAACACCAAUUUUUAAAAAGAAAUUUUUUUUAAAUUCUUCUCCGUUGCAAAGAACCGGGUUUCCUAAACUGUACGGGAGCAAUAGUUUUUCUUGAUGUUUUAAUUACAUCCGUAUACUUGUACUGUAUUUUGUACUCUAAGGCAGCUGUUUUCAAUAAUGUCCUGCUGUAUUUACCUAUGUAUUUUGUUCAGAUGUGUUCAGUUCUUUGCUGCGGAGAACAAAUUUCCACCGUUUCAGCAGACAGAAGGGCUGAGACAUCACAGCACUUAGGGGUGUAGAAAACUCUGCGUAACUAAUUACAGAUUGGAGGCAGCAAUGAGAAUUGAAGGCUGCAGAUAUUAGGUGUAUAGUGGUGUAAUUUUUCCAUUCAUUUUAAAACUAUGUACAAUGUAUGUAUAGACCAACAACUUGUUUUGUUGCUUCAAUGGUGAUUCACCUUUUUCGUUGCUCAGCUGCAGUGAGCCAAUUCACUUUUUGCAAAGAUGCAGUACCUCUCCUUUUCAAGAGGAUUAUAUUUUUUGGCUGAAUUGCAGUAACUAGCCGUACCUUUCUACUUAUGUAGUAGCGACAGGGUCUUGAUGGUCCCUUGCCAGUGGCUACAUAAGCUACCAUUAGCUGUCUAGGAAGUAUGUGGAAGUGGACAGAUGCAUAUAUCAUGUAUGCCAAGAACACUGCCAUAAAUGGCACCAGCUUUGGCAACCAGAAACAUUUCUUCUGUAGUCAUUAGACCAGAUGAGUGAUGUAUUGAUCGAUGUACAAAACUCCUAUACAGCUCAGUUUGGCCUUCCAGCAAACAUUAGGUGUGGUAAGAAUGCAGUGCGUUUCCAGAAGAAAUUUUAUAUUCAAAACUGUUAACCUGCCUGUAUCCAACUAAGCUAUCAUGAAAGGUGGGUUGAUAAUUCUUAACUGCCCUUGAGGAUUCUCUUCUUACAGCGGGUUCAUGGCCAGUCUUUCCGCUGCAGAAAGAUGGAGCCCGAUUCUAGUGGCAGAAGGCCAUGUUGAGCAUAGCGAGUGGUUCACUGACAGGGGAAAUCAUUCCCUGUUGUUGGGGGAGGGGCAACCGGAAUCUGGAGACAGGGUAGGUGGGGCGGAAAGGAGGGAGUUUGCCUCAGAACUGCAGAAUUUCUGCAGAGAUUUUUAGUUUUCUAUUGUACUUGGGCCCACUCUGAAUAUUUCUUGUGUGAAGCAAAGAGGAUCAUUCAGAAAUAUGUAUUGGGUUAUAAAUUAAGUGGAUUGAUUCUGCUGGGGCUCCAGAAAGUGUCUCCCCACAAUUCACAGAGUUCUUAAAAAUUACACUGUAUAUUUUACAGUGCAUCACUCUGACACUAAUUUGUAACAUCGUAGUUAUUUGGCUAUUCAGAACAGUCCUAUUUCUCUAGAAUCUGGCAUCACAAAAUUGGGACGUCUGGAUGUGAUUGGUAUAUCCACCUACUCCAGGCAAGCAUGUUAACUGGAUUGUUUGUGGGAUAAUCAAACAGUUCACCUUGAUUCUUAAGCAAGUCCUGUGUAGUUAAAAGGGGGGGAAAUUUGCCCCAUUCUUGGUGUUACUGCUUGGAUCGAAAAGGUGACCUCUGUAACCGGAAGGGUUGGACAGUUUUUUUGUUCAAAAAAAAAAAAAAAAACCCGUAAAUUUGGAUUCUGUAGAAAAAUGGCAAAACACCUCUGGAGAGGAGAUUUCCUGAAUUUAUGGAACUUCCGGAUUUCUGUUGCCCCUGGAAUGACAGUUCCAGAAUGCAACUAUGUCAAAGCAUCUGCUGUACAAAACAAAAUGUAAAUCUUGUAUAGCACCAAAACCUCAAAUGUAAAUACUCGAGGCAUAUAGGUAUAAAUGCCCGUAGCGUUAUGGGUCAGUGUUCUGUUCCAUAGCUGUUUGCUGCAAAAGGAUUCCUGCUGCAGCAGCAGGAGCUGCCUUCAGAAAGCAGGCGGCACUGUCAGUUAUCCUGGAAUCCUUUUGUAAGAAAUCACAGGUCUUGUUAAGAAAGAGAUUCAAGCUUCUGCUUCAGUUUCCCUCCCAAAAAAACACGUAAUUAUCCUGUCUGAAUUUUAAACGUUCAGGGUAAGGGGCACAAGAGGCUGGUUACAAUAAAUCCCCUCAUAUUGAGUGGCCCAUCGAUGACUGCAUACUUCCGAUAUGGUAAUAGCUGAGGAGGACUUGCUAAAAUGUGAUCUUUUCCCAUCUGAAACAAGGGUGUAGAAUAUGAUCUACACAAACUAUUAUAAAUGACUGACGACUCACAAACUACUUUGCUCUUGAGAGAGUGGCAGUUUCUUGAAUUUUUUUUUUAAAUUUUGGUGGAAAACUGUUCAGUGCAUAGUAUAUGCACAGACAUCUUCUCUUACAAGUGUAACAGAAUUAUUAUGGUACUUUAUCUGAUGCACAAUUAAUCUCUCAGCAGAUAUUCUUUGAAAAACAGUGUGGCCUUUAUUCUAACUUGCAGGGGAAGGGAAAG